UGACAUCUUCUAGGCGUAAAUAUUUUUUGAACUUUGGUUUAGUUUGGAAUUCAGCGGGCUUCUCUUUUGGUUUAGGCUGCUUGUCUUUCCGUGCUUUCCGUAACGGAUGGCAGUUGCUUGAACCCCAUCGGAAACACGCUACGGUGCUACGGCCAACCUACAGCUUAUACAGCCAGUACGGCUGUUACGGGACCUGCUACCUGCUUGCAUACGUCUAAGGUAUUCCGUACCAGUCGAAGUCCUAAAGCCCGCAUGAGGAAUGGUCUUUACCUGCUUCAUGUAACUAGAAGGACCUAAGGAUCUGUUAUGUCUGAGAACACGGAUUUGAAGUCUGAGCUAGCACCUGAGGUUGAUGCCCAGGUUGCACCACAUGUGCCCUCGAGAGAGUCUUCCCAACAGAGUGAUGCUCCCAAGAGCUCCUGGGUGAAGUUUGAUGAUGACAGCUCUGCAGCAGCCACAAUUGAACCUUCGCAGAUACAGACUGUUGAGCCCCCAUUGCCCGUUAAGAUGGAUGCCCUGCUCAAGAAAGUGCCUUCUCCUGCCGAGUUGCGGACAGACCUGGGGCCCUUGGCACCACCCAGGCCUCCAGCUGCUGCCAGCUUCUCAGUGCCCCCUGUGGCUGUCUGCCCUCCUGCACCAGCCAGGCUUAAGCCCAGGGCAUCAGCUGAGCCACAGGCUGUGAGCAACCACGUAGCACCUACAGCCACACACAGGCUGGAAUCAGUUGCUGUGCCCCUCAGUGAGCGCCUGGCUACAAGAAGUUCAUCUACCACUGGCUUUAAUAAUGGUGACAUCAUUGUGAAUGCCCUACCAACUAACAGGCGUUGUGCAUGGAUCACCAAAGCAGAGUUCAAGCCCGAGCUGGUGCCAGAAGAGCUGAUGGCCACUGGUCUUACGCUGACUGUGGAGGAGUAUGUGGCGGCCAUGCAAGUGCUUGUGCACGAUGUGCGCUUCACCCUCUACAAUGUGUGCUACAAGCGUCUCUUGCUGGUCUGGGUGCUUCUGGGUUUCUUCAUUCUCCUCUGCCUGCUCUUCUCUGGUGUUCGAGGCCUCGCCCUCUUUGGCGGUGGCGUUGUCUGGCUUGUGGUCAACGCCUUGGGCAUCUUCGUCUGUAUGUGGCUUAAGUUUAAGUUGCUGCACAUGCUCGAGCGGUGUAUUGCCAGCAUCAACAGCCUCUUCUUUCGGCACAAGAUAUUGCUUGGCCUUGAUGAUCGCGGCAAGAUUUCAUGUCACAAAGUCCAUCUCAUAUUUGUCUAUUUUGAUGUUAGCCAGUGCAUUAGGUAUCUAUACGAGAUGCUGGAAAACCAAGACCGUCAAGAUGCCCUUGAUGCAAGAGCCACAGGGGAUGCCACCAACUCGUCCAGAAAUGGUGCAGCACUAUAUCCAGUUGAUCGGACGCGAAUGGACAUUGACAUGUCAGACAUCAUCAUUACAGGAAGCAGCUCUACAACUCGUAUCUCGCAGAGAGAGAAGUACGCCGAGAAGCUUCUCCUCCGUUACAGCCAACGUUGGGUGAAAGAGUUUGUUCGGAAACGAUUAGACCUCAACAUGCCUGUGCAUCCUGAUGGUUUUGAGGAUGGCCCCUGCCCUCCAGCUCCACCUCGCCAUUGUGCCCUGGCACGCUGUCCCUGUCAGUUCAUUGAAGAGCACCUACGUUUUAAGCCCCUCACUAAGUGCAGCCUCUCAGAACUCUGUUUUUAACCUGCUUUUCUGUGCUUUUCUUGAAUGCCAGCAGCGUCAUCAAGGUCUUGUCUUAUACGCCAUCACUCAAGCAUGGCAUGGUCAUUGAACAAAGGGAUCUGUAAUGUAUUGCUGAACAGCGUGUUCAGGCCGGUUGUGAAGGUGAAAUUGUGGACAGGCAUACACAAAGUGUAUCAGAAAGAUUAACAUUUUGAUGGCAGCUGCUCUCAAUUCGUUACGGUUGUGACUGCCUUGGCAUGGGCUUUUCGAGAGAAACAGUGGGUUUGCUAGAAAAAGAAGGCAAAUUUUUGAAAAAUGCCAGGCAGCUGUUUAAUUUUCGCACAUCCUAAACUUGCUACAUUGUACUUAAUUCUUAUGGUUUGAUUUGGUGUGACCAGUCAAGUCGGGGCAGACUAGCAGGUAGUUUGUGGCAGAAGUAAGAAUUAAGAAUGCAUAGGAUAUAAUAUAAGCUCGAAGAAUGUCGUCAUUCACAGAAAGUCGUACAUGUGAUCUGCCCAACCUGAGUGAGUUGUUGGCACUUUAUCGCAUUUAUAAAGUUUCAAAGGUGGCCCACUAAGGGUUUCACACUACAUUUUUCAUAUGCAUUUUUUACCCUAAUGUAUGGACGUUAUUAUAGUACAAUUCUUGUCUAAUGUGACAUAUCCAGUUUGUUUAUUCAAGGUGGCAGCUUUGUUGGAAAGUCCAACUUUUGUUUAUUUUGAGAGUCGUUUUAAAUUGGUAUUGUAUAUUGCUUGCACAGUUAAGUGGUUUUUGCCAUUUGCUGUGAGCAUGGCUAUUAAAAAAUUGGCCAAACAUUGACAGCAACUGCUGCAGUAUUUCUUAUAAAGUGCCAUGAUGAGGUUACUUGCAUGUUGGGCUGUAAUAUGACUUUAGAGUUUGUCAGUAUGCUUACCAGUUCAUGAUGAGCCAAUUUUGUCAUUGGUUAUUAGCCUUUUUUUUUUUCUUUUGACCAUGACAGGCGCUCUUUAUGUAUCCUGUGGUGCCAUCGGCAUGAUUUAAAUGAGAUCGGCAUGUCAAGCAUAGCGUCUCUUGAUUUAGUUGUAAAUUGUAUUACAAGUUAACUGUUUUACUGCCAUAUUUGGCAUGAAAUCAAACUGUUACAGCGCCUCUCUCCAAAUUUGGGCAUUGUGAACAAACAAGCCUGGUACAUAGGUUGCGCAGUGGUGGGAUCGCGUAUGCAAAAUAUGAAAUGGCUGUGUGGCACAAAAACAGUUUAAAUUUCAAACAGAAGGCUGUGGUUCUUAUUCUUGAAUCAUUAUUGAACGGUUCUUUUUCUUGAACUGUGCUUCAAGCGGUCACAUGCAUAAAUUGCUGUGUGCAAGACUUAAGCCCCGUUCAGACUGAAAAGUUUCUGGUUCGUGACAAGAUCGGCGACACAUCACGUGAAAGAAAGAAGCCAUCAUCACACCGGUUGGCGUGAGGCCAAUUUUCAUAAUUGGGAAAAAAGCAUCACUCUUCAAAAGCCUUCACUUCCUUUCUCUUGGAAUGCCGUGUUCCAAUUGCCUUGCAACAAGCUAUGUUUUAAAUGCAAAGCAUUUCUUAGUGAACCAAAGCCACUUUGACCGUUUCUUUCUUUCUUUCUUUCUUCCUUUCUUUCUUUCUUUCUUUCUUUCUUUCUUUCUAUCUACAUCUAUCUAUCUAUCUAUCUAUCUAUCUAUCUAUCUAUCUAUCUAUCUAUCUAUCUAUCUAUCUAUCUAUUUAUGUAGCCACCUACGUCUUGGCACUCUCGUGGUUACCUUCUUAGCUUGGUGCAUACCAAAAUUGGCAUAGGCAGACGUACAUGUAUCAAGAACAUGAUUUGCAGGUCAUGACAUGAUUAGCAUGAUUUCCGGGACGUGUACGUCAUGAAAUCCUUUCCACUAAUCACGUGUGGCACAUACCAGAAAACCACGGCCCGUGGAAUGCGGGUAUGUGCCACACGCGAUUAACUAUAUAUGUCAACCCAGGAACGGCAAGAACAGACAUUUGAAAUCUUAACGCGAAAGCGUUACAGAGCCCGUGUCAAGGAAAAUCUGGUGCCGGCGUCAGCGAUGUUAUUAGUGAGCAAAAAAUCCAGAUGGACACAAAUAAAAAUGUAGAUUCGAGUGGGAAUCGAACUGAGACAUUCUGUGUGGUAGUCAAGUAUUCUAUCUCACAGAGCCAUGCCAGAGCUUGAAAGUGCUUAGGAAAAAGACCCUAUAUAGGCAUCAUGUCGCGGCAACGUCAGCUAUGGUUGCAGUGAUGGCUGUCCGCUUUUAUAACAAUGCAAUAAAGAUUACGUAUGUACUCCUAUGACUCGGCAAGUUAUAGUCGAGUGCUGUUAGACCCUGGAACACCAACGAUUGCUAGUUAUUACAUGCGCAUCAUUAAAAAGUAGCGUGCACUUCAUUUCGACAAAACUGAUGUCUGUGCUCCAAUUUGUGUUCUGACAUUAUGUUGGACCAUACGCUACACAUUUAGGCACUGGUGUUGUCGACGUGCCUGGUAAGCCCAGAAUUUGCACACAUCUACUCGAUUUACAAAAAGAAGUUGAUCCACCUUGUAGCGCUUGGUUCAAAGCAACAAAAAAAAAGAAAAAAGCAUACUAGCUGGUUGCUUCGCAUGAAAUCUAUUCCCACAAUGCAUGGGAUCUGCCGGAUUUUUUUCUUCCCGGCGAUGAAAAUCGCUCUCAAACUGACCGGUGCGAUGAGGGCUUCUUUCUGGUUUUAAUGGUGCUCAUCUGCUGACCCGAAAGUCGCAGAUUUGAUCCCGGCCACAGCGGUCGCAUUUCGAAGGAGACCAAAUGCUAGAGGCAAUUGUACUUAGAUUUAGGUGCUUGUUAAAGAACCCCAGGUGGUCGAAAAUUCCAGAGCCCUCCACUACGGCAUGCCUCAUAAUUACAUCAUAGUUUUAGCACGUAAAACCCUAGAAAUUAUCAUUAUUAUUAGAGGGCUUCAUUCUGUUGUGCGACGUGUCACUGAUCUCGUCAUCGACCCAAAAUCUUUCAGUGCGAAUGGAGCUUUAAUGCUCUCUGCAAGACUUACUGACCAUGGCAGAUGACUUUGGGUAAUCGUCUAAUGUGGAAAUGCUGUGUGUGUGAACAUGGCAUUGUUCUUCAGCCCCAUUAGGGGAGAAGGCAAGGAAGAAACACUGCCUGUGGACACUAGUUGAGGCAGAGGAUGAGAGUCUGUAUGUUGUUAGUGAUGCUUGCCUCUUAGCUGCAUGGAAGCAUUACAGGUCAGUUUUAAUAAACCAGUUUGAAAAGUUAUUCAUAGAGGGGGGGUCCUUACAAUAUCCAUUGUGUAGCCAAAAUUCACAAUGGUGCCUGGUGAGGGGCCCUUUAACAGGAUAUCAGUAAUGCCAGCAUGAUCAAUCCACUUUAGAGCAACUGUGUGCCGUCAUUGUAGAUAAGUCCUAAUUGUUGCAUUUCCGGUCAAUGCAUCUGAGCUGUGCAGAUCUGUUACAAUUUUUUUCCCUCUUUUGACUGCGCAGUUCUUUAGAGUGCCAAUGUCGCCGCAUCUCGAGAAUGGAAAGCUUGCUGUUUGAGUAACGCCAUUCAUGUGGUGCCUAUUAAGAUGUCUUUACCUUUACUUUGUAGAGGACGCCAGCUUCCUUUACUGGCAGUGCCCUUGGGCUCGUAUAAUGUAGCGAUUUCUUCAGCUCGAUUCUUUGCCACCUUUAUCAUCCACCGUUCAUAGCUGACUGAUCCCAUUUAUAAAGCAGGCAAAACAUUGCUGUGACCACUGACAAAGCACAAAAAGGAAUGUAAUUGGUAUAAAAUUUUUGCAUUAUCCCAGCCAUGGCAUACAUAUUAGUAGAGACCGGGCAGGUGUGAUUUCUGUGAACCUGUCUUGUGACAACAGCACCUGACUGUUAAAUGUGCGGGUGUGACUGACUGCAUAGAUCAAGUUCAAAAAUUCACUACUAUGAAAAAUCUGAAUGUAGUCUUGUGAAAAAUGGCACAUGGUAGCUCUGCUGUACAGCAGUCCAAUAAAUCUAUGAGGGCUUAAUUUUAAAGGGACACUAAAGGCAAAUAACAAUUUAUGUCAGAGUGAAAGCUCAAUGUUUGACAACGUCUAAAACUGCAAUAUUAUCAGCAGCAGUGCCCUACUUACCGAGAAAUUAAGCUAAACGUAUCGCACGAUGAGCGACAAGAGCGGGACAUUUUGGAAAUGAUCCCGAUGACGUGAGAGAGUCCGACUACAAUUAAUCACUCGUAAUCAAACUAGCUGCAAUAAAAAAAAGGACCUUCAGUGGAUCAAGAGGCGUAAUAAAAUGCUGCUUGUUCGUUUCUGUUUGAUUCAUAGAAAAAAGAACCUCUUUGGCGUUGCCAUGGGGAACAGCGCACGUGGUUCAAAGGUUCCGUUUUCGCUGAGCUGCGCUUCGCCCGGCACCCUGCUUUGCUCACGCGGUCGCAUCUCAGUGGUAGUUUCGGUAUCGCGUACUGCCGCGUAUGUUUUGCGCGCUCGUGAAAGACGCUCUGACAGAAAGUUCGACAAAAUGCCGCAUGCAUGUGAUGUUGCCAGAUGCCCGAAUGGCGCACGCCGCCGCGCAGUUAAGGAGGGCAACACAUUGGGCACGGCAGCAGUGACGUGAGAAACACUGCUUUCACGCGGAGGAUUUGAAGUGCACUAACGCGAUGCGGACCACUAAAACGUGAUUUUAUUUCAAAAUAAGCACUUCCCUGGCACAAAAGUAGCACUACGAGGUUUCUGGACCGUUAUUUCAACAAUCAAAGUCGACUUAAUAUUUGCCUUUAGUGUCCCUUUAAAUGCUAAUUGUAUAACUUACUGCCUGUGACUUAAUGCAGAUUGCAUUCUGUAAAUCGCAGUGUGGGGAAACUGCACUAUAUCUUCAUAGUUGCGAGAGCAGUUCGUAAUGCAUUGGUAAUGCUUAUUAUUUUUUAAUGCCAUCAUCGUGUGCUAUUAAUAUCUUUGACACAUUACUAGAAGUGAACAUAAGCAUGGUGCUUGGAGCCUUGCAAUCCUUUUGCAACUAAAUGAAGCUCCAUUGUUGUAGCAUUUUUAAGUACGCAGAUAGUAUUUGUUGAGCUUAACUAUCUUCUUGCGUUCCUUUGUAUUAAAAAAAGUACAUAAUAUUUUUAAAUAUUACGUAUUUACUCACCAUGGCAAUCUCAAGUUAAAUAUACUUUGAUUGCCUUUAACCUCCAUCUCAAAGGACCCAUUUUGGUACCUUCCUUUAUUUAGGCCAAUGUGUUUCUCAACCAUGAAUUUUCGGGGACCCUUGUGGACCGGUGGAAUAGAUGAGGGACCCCUUGCAGCGAGAGAAAAAAAAAAAGGGGGGGUCACAACACAGCAUGCAGCGUGAAGUACGCGGCUUUUAUUUAAAUGGGUCUUUGCAGAACCCCAUUUGAGAACCACUGCUUUAGGCCUUUUCAUAAUAAAUUUGGAAGAGAUUACAUAAAGUAAGAAUACCGUGAGCUGUCAUGAAAAUCCAAUAUAGAGCUCCUACAUGUCAGCCCCUCAAGUCGUGUUAUACGGUAGAACUCUGUAAUAUGUUUUUCACGGGACCGUGAAAAAUACCGCAGUAGCCAGGAAACGUAUAACCAGAAAAUGCAGUUAAAAUUGGUAAAACGUGCUGCUAAAUAAUAAAACAGAUGCAUUGCACACAGCUCAACUUCAGAAGAAUUUAUUCAUCAGUUUAAGGCUUUAUAAAUUCCUUGAUGGAAGGCUCGCAUUUUCUUCAACUCUCUGCCAGAACCAGACCCUUUUUGCGCACUCGGAUGGCCUUGUGGCAGUCCACAUCACCAAACUCAUUGACGUACCUCCUCAGCACAUCCGGCACCAUGACAGUUGGAAUGUAUCAGGCAGGAAUGUUGCGAGAAUGACCUGUGAAGAGGGGAUUCUAAUGCAUAGUUGUCUACAAAUUCUUUGCUGGGACUGGAUACCAAAAACGUUAUGUGCAUGAAAACGUCUAAGCGAGGAACAUAUAUGUGGGGUUCUGUAUUUUCAUAUAUGUGUUUAACUCAAUACCAACAAUUUUUAUGAUAAGGAAUAUGAGAACAGUACUACUCUCUCAUGGAGGUGCUGCCGUCAGCACAUAACUGGAAUAUUUAGGCAAUAAAUGGGCCAUCGACAUUUUUAACGACCCAUUCAGUAAUAAAAACUAACUUGGAAUGCAUUUUUUUCUUUAAUGAUCUUUGGGUCUGAGCAGGUUAUAAGGUGGCAUUAGUUACCUUGCUUUACUUGAGUGAAACAUUCAUUUCUUUAAGGCGAAAGCCUUAUAUAUCUUAUGCUAAGGUGGCCUUGAAUGAAAAGCCAGUGCGAGCAUGAAACGGUACAAAAAAUAACAUGACUUCAAGCGUGGCUUGAGCCUCACUUUGUCUUUACAAAAGCGUGAAGCUGGUGCAAUAAAAAAAGGAGGUAAAGAAAAUUAUUCCUUGGCACAGAAGACGACAUGGAAAGCUUCCUCAGAGUGGCGCCUACUGCUUGGAGAGUAUUAAAAAAGCGGUGUUCCUGUGACUCGCCUUUCUGACAGCUAUGGAGUGACAGGGAAAGGGCAUGCUAUGCGAGACGUUGAGCCAGGGCUUAGUGGAUUGUGUGGUAGGCUGAAGAAGUAUGCAUCGUCACAGGAGGCUCGACGAGCCAAACUCGUCCGAUUCUGACGUGAUGUUUGUCUUUGAUGUAUCACCACUAAAGCUUUCACCUUUGAGUUGUCUUAGCGAUAGUAUAAGAGGCCCUUCGAAUUUUUGUUAAUGAAUUUAAAACGAAAAUAAGGGCUUGUAGGUGGAUGUGUCAAUUUAAAAGAGCACUGACACCAAAAUUUUGCAUCUUGUUUUUUCUCUUGCUAUAAGUAGUUAACGACCCACUUAUCACGGAUGGAAAGCUCGUUUGCUCGAGCGCGCAAUCGUUAAUUAUUUGGAGACUAUUUUAUAGCGUCCAGUCGCAGUUUUGGUUUCAGAGAGCGCCGAGGGAAGCGGGACCCAGAGUGGUGGCUAUGUAAACAUAGCUGGCCGCGUGAGCACACAAAACCGCGUGCACAUUGCACCGCGUCAACAACUCUUUUCAACGAAGGCUUCCUGGGUGCUGCUACAAUGCCCUCUGAGACGUUGUAAAUAUGCGUGACCCCCCCCCCCCCAAGAUGCACUGCCAAGGUGAGGACACCAGCCUUUGUACUUCCGUGCAAGUCUCCCCUUCUUUCCGUUGAAAAGGUCUGCUAGGAGAGAGUGGGAGAGAGCACCCGCAACAAUUGUGGCAGCCAACGGAAACUCGCGACACAGGUGGCGGUUGGUUGUUUACAAGAACACCAAAGGCGUGUUUCGCGUGGAGUGGCGCGACGCGCACUUUAAAAAUUAAACGUGAUUUUAAAUAUCUUCUAGGCUAUAUUAUCCGUUGAUAUUUCGUAGAUGAUGCGUGUGUCCACACAAAUCCAUCCCACAGGUUAUCUCGCCUUCGAAAUUUUGUGUCAGUUCUCCUUUAAAAAAAAUCCUGUUCCUGAUGGUGUGGUUGUUCACUUGGCAUUGCACACAUCGGAAUUCUUAGCCGCUCAAUCAUUCAUGAACGUUGCACUAAAUGCUUUGUUAUCCUGAUACGUCAUAUGCUUUGUGGGGUUUUUUUUUUUUUUUUAAGUUGUUGAGGCCCUGCUACACAUUUUGGUACUUCAGCCAGGCUUUUUCCUGUAGUCAGUGUCUCUACAAAUGCUAAAGUUGAGAAGCUCGCAGCUAAAUCAUGAUAUUCAAGUAUAGUUUGUGCAGUGCUGGCCAGCCAAGCCAAACCAAAGUCAUCACAUGGCUCUGGUAGCAGCUACCUGUCACCAGUACCUCAUCAGUUUGGGAAGUAAAAUAGCGUUUUUCAGCCAGAAUUUUUAUUGCGAUAGCAAUUUUACGGACACUGCAGAUACGACAGCACACGUACAGCCUGUUCACAGAGAUUUAGAACAUUUCUAGUGAUGCAAGUAAUCUGCAGUGCAUUUGGCUGCAGGUACAAUAAAUACAAGCAGGCACACCAUUACAGUCCCCUCAAUCAUCUCUGGAGCAGAGUGUGGGCAGCCUUCUGCCUUGCACUGUUGGCAUGAGUGAUGUGUGUGCAUACAUUAGUGUUCCCGCUGAUCUGCUGUGUGUGUACCCCAGCGUGGUGCAUGCACCAAUCUGAGUGGAACAUACAGUAAACAUCAAGUGAAAGUUAUCUAAUGCUUUCAUUUGGCACUGAUAAACACCAACGGUUUUCAGUCACUUUCCUCUUGUGCACCAUCGAGCAGCAAUAACUGUAAUGCCACUGCUUGCAUUUCUCAUCGCGCCAGCAUUGUGAGACAGUUGAUAUCUGUGAGGGUACUACUUUUGCUGUGCAGCAGCAGUUACAUCAAGGGCGGUGUCAUGCGACAUGUUGCCUUUGCAUAUUGUUAGAACACGGUCCGAGAAGCUGAAGCACAACUCUAUACCUUGCUAUCGCUUCCAAUGCUUUUUCUUUGGGACGAACUCGUGGAAUGUCUAGGGGUGUGUGAAUAGUGAUUUUUCAGACUGAAUUGAAUACAAAUCGAAUAGUUUCAGAAGCAAAUCGAAUCAAAGAUGAAAUACUUUUCGAAUGUGGAACAGCCAUUUUUACAUGUAAUAUAAAACAAUGUUCACAUGCUGCUAUUUGUGAUUUUCAUAUUAAGGCAGAACUGGAGCAUCAGGAACAAAUAAGCACAUUCUUCACAUGCGCAGGACAGUGUGAAUGAUCAUUGUAUAGUCGGUAAAGUCUGGAUCUUCAAGCACUGUAGCCUGCUGCAUUAUGUAAGCUUUCAUAUUCUAUGCCUAUACUGUGCCCACAAGGACGAAAUUUAUUGUACUUUUGCAUCAGUUUCUUAUUAUUUGUGUUUAGUUGAUGUUUGAAAUCUUUGUAAACUAUUUAAAAAUGUUUCUUAUGUAAAAAUAGCUAUUUGAUUUGAAAACUGGAUCAAAUUAGACUUCGAUUGUAAAUUUAAAACUUUCGAAUACUCACACCCCCCUAGAAGUGUGUUCAAGUCAGCCUAAAGCCUUCAAAAUGUGAUGCAGGGACUGUGGGUUCAAAAGCUUGGAAGUAUUUGAACGAAGCAUAAAUUUAUGCUAAAUGUGCCUUUAAGUCAACCUAGACUGUUGAAUUGCCACCCCAGAAACGUCUGACUGUUCGCUUUAUGCUUAGAGAUGACUUUCCUGCUGAUAUAACUCUUACUUAGGAGGCCACACAUUUCCUUCGCAUUCAGCCAAUAGUGUAGUGACAGACCAAAACAGAGUAUGUAAAUUAAUGACUUGUCCUUGUUGCAUUGCACCUAUGUACUGUUUGUGAAAAAGAGCCCCUUUGAAAAUGGAGAGUUGAGAUAGUGCUUCUAGCAUGGUGGUAUGUCAAGGCCAGUGCACUUUGAAGCAUGCAGCUCACAAUAUGAAAAUAUGAACUCCUUCGUGGCACUUUAGCCAUAGUUCUAGAUGCAUAAUUCUGGUCUCAGGAUCAUAAGCAUAAAAAAAUGGGGGAUAAUUUUUAUUAUGUGGCCAUAUUUUAAGGCAUUUCACAAUGUGUGCUGCAAAAUCAGUCCUGUGAUCAGUAUACUAGAGCGCACAGAUGAAACGCGCAGAUGGUUUGUGGUGAUGCCUUUAGGGGACUUAUGUAGCAAUUUUUUUAUUUUUGUUGCUUUUCCUAGUGACUGGGUAUGCCAGGCAAGUUUCUGGACUAGCUGACUGUUUUUUGGCUACUGUAAUGCCAGAAUAAAACACAAACUGUGGAGCACAUGACUUUCAGCACAUGUGCUGUCUAGCUGCAGCUGCAAUACACUGCUGCACAUGCACAGUUAUGAAGCUAGUGUGUUUGUGUCAAUGUUUCACAUUUUCAACAAUUGGUCAGCUUAUCCGCAGUUCGCGUGUGUUUUGGAGGAGUGUAGCUAGCCUCGACUUUCAGGCAGUGCUAAGUGUCACAUGUAAGCGUGAAGAAACUCUCAAAUCAAGGCAGUGGCAAAUAAGAGUGCAGUACACAAACCUGAACAACCUGACCUCAUUGUGCAUGUGCAGCUGUUUUUCUUUUCAGUGGUUUGGCAACGCUACAUGUGCUCCAACUGUUUGAAUUUAAUUGUAGUUAGCAUACUACAUGUGAGACUGUCCAUUUUAUUUCUGCAUAGAAACUGAGGCACUAAGUUUACACAUGUGGAUACAACCAAAAUGCUUCAACCUCAUUUCUCUGUUCUGCUGAGGUUGGCUUUUGGGAAUGCUUGAACUGCACACGCGCAAAAAAAGUGCUUACAAUUACUUCUCGCAAGUCACUAUUGGUGCCUGAAUGUCAUUUUAGUUCCUUAAAUGCAGUGGGACGUCUGUACUAUAAAUAAAAAUCGUGUACCAAUGUAAGUUAUAUUAACCUUCCCGACAAAAUUUACCAAAGUAUUGUGUUAAGCUGCUUUUCAAGAAAAAACAUAACUGCUUUAAUCAGUGAAUUCAGCCUAUAAGGUCUUUAUAGAUUUAUAUUUUGGCAAUUUCAUUGAAAAUAUUGUUUGCAAGGCUAGAGUAAUUUGUGCUAUACACAGAUAAAUGUUAUUCUGAUUUUUAGCUGUUAACCAAUGAUGAGGGAGCACAAAGGGUAAUCAAUCCGGAAUAUUACAUCAUAUAUUUUGGCAGUAUGCAUUCAACAGUAUAUUGUUCGUGAAAAAAAGUUAUUGCAUUCUAUUCAAAAGGGAAUGUUGGCUCACUUUGACAACUUUAGCAGACGUUUUAUGCGCAAGAACGUCUUGGUUAUUAAAAAUUCUGUGAAGUCCAUCAGACAAAUGUUGUUAGUACCACUACCUGACCACAAAAUUUAAAUGGAGAAACUUUGGCGCAACUUUCUCUAACUACUAAUUCUUUUCUUUCUUGAUCCCUGAAAUGCGUAUGGUGCUUUCAAAGAAUAAUCUACCGCCCUACAAUUUAUGUUACUGUUUCUCUAGUGUCCCUCUAAUGUGAUCAUAAUGGCUUGGAAGGUGAUAAAACUGAACAAUUUAUCAUUGGGUUAGUCUGUUUAUGGUAGCAAAAAGAAAAAAGAAACUGAGUUCAAAAAGAGAUAACAUGAGAUAAAGGAUGGGGUGUAGCCUAUGUUCCAUACUUUCUCUUAUGUAUACGUGUUCUAAGUUACUUUUUUUUUUUUCUGAAGCUAUACAAGAGUAGAGCUUAUUCAGUAAAGACAUUUGCAAAGAAUAGUGCUAAUAGAUCUAAAAAAAAUGGAGAAAGACACAAUGUUUAAUAUGUGCCUGAAGAAGGAGCUCACAGUUUCAGCACUUAAUGCAGUGCAUAUUUGAACAAAUUUUAUGCUUCCCUUAAGAAAAAUUGAGCCUGAGAAGGCAAUUUUUUUUUACUUUAUAAUAUUCGUAUGAUUAUUACACUCAUGGUGAUGGUAGAUUCAUUCUUCAUAUUUUCAAUAUUCUUUUUUCUAUGUAGCUUUUAUACUCUUUUUUUUUCUUUGCUGGUUUACAAAAGUUAAUUUUUCUUGUGCGUGCUUUUACAUGUACUAGCUGUUUUGCAAUAAUUGUUGUGCAUUAGGUUCUUUUUAUUGUUUAUUAGAGUUCUGAUAAUUAGUUUAAUUGUGUUUAAAUGAUGUUGCUGUAAAAAUUAUAAUUCAGAAUGCUUUUAUUUCUCACCCCUCUGUCUAAAAAAAUUCUUUUUUCCAAAUUUGUUGGGUAUAUUAGAGUAUGCAUGAAUGAGCACGUUGUAAGUACAUUGAAGGUUAUGUAUGUAAAAAUUCAUUGCAUUACUGCCAGUUUGUGUACAAAAUUGUGUAUACACAAUGAACAAACUAUCCAGUAUUGCAAUGAAAGGUGCAUGUGAGCAUUGUGGAACAUUUACACAACUUAGCAUAAAUAAUUUUCUUUUUGUUUGUUGUUACAUUAUGAUAUAUAGAAAAGCUCAUCUAGUAGCUGGUAGAUGAACCCUCAGUGUUGUAGGGGCCACAGAUUUGUCAAACGAGUAACACUAAAUUGUCACCAAAUUUGCAUUUUUUGAGACACACUGAGCAGUUCACUCUUUUACUGUCUUCUAAAUUUGUUGUCUUUCUUUUUACAAGUAAAUGAAGAAUGAUUAACUAUUAGGUUUUAAGCAAAGCACAAACAAAUUAGAAUAAAAAAGAAGCUUCUUGAGCCACAUCAUGCAAAUCCUCUUCUGCUACCUCUAGUAGAUAAACUAACUAUAAUCUGGCCUUAAAGAACAUCUAUGAAAUACAAACAAGUUUAUGUGAAAAGCCUGUGUGAUGCCUGAUGCUCCAUCACUAGUGAUGUUUGAUUACAGUUUCACUUCACAUAUUAGGAUUUUCAACCACAGAAAUGUACCCAAAAUAAGUGGUCAGCCACGUGAUUAGUACGUCAAUGUCACAAGUAAAACACUACCCACUAAACUUUGCAAAAUGGUGCAUUGAAUUGUUCGAUUAUGAAUUUGUCAUGAAAGUGUCUUCAAAUUACAGCAACAUCGUAAUAAUUGUGAUUUUUCUUUGCUUUAAUGUGCAAGUAAUUGGGCAUGUAUUAACUGCAUUUUCAGGUUGCAAUAUAGGCAUGUCUAUUAAUUAAUGAAUUAUAGAUUGUCCUUGCUUUCAGUGUAAUUGUAAAAACACUACACUGUCUUUUGCCAUAGUAAUAUGUGUAUGUUUCCUGCGAAGUAGCUGCCAAGUUAUAAAAAUGCUUGCCUGGGUUAUUUUUAUUUUGCAUUGGUAACUAGCAUAAUUGAAUAGGUCUGCUUGAAAAAUUCCAAAAUGUAGUUUCAUGAGGAUCCCACACAGCUCACCGUGCUAGGAAAAAAUAACUAAUGUUUCUUUGGUUUAAAUACUCCAUCAAAAUUAUCGAAAGAGGCUGAGUUUGUUAAGGCUUAAUUGGCCCUUUAGCUCAUUUUGAAUGCAGUAAGUAAACCUGCCUGGCUAAUAGGUCAUAUUUUCUUGAAGACCUAAGCAAAAUAUUUGUGCCUGCACUAAGGCCACCCGCUUUUUGCUUCAGCUUCUCGUAAUCCCUGCAAGCUUUCAUUCUCAUUAUGAUGCUCAAUUAUGUACAGUAGCUAUUGCCCAACUUACUUAUUUACAUGUUAUGGCUAAAAAAAUAAUAGGAGAAAUGUCACGUCUGGUAGGAUUGUGGUAUUCAGUCACUAGACAGAUAAAAUGGGAAAUCAAAAAGUGUGACACUUGUGCGGUAGAGGUCAUUCUAAAACAAGAGCUCAUUGAUGGGCAGGACAACACAGGCAGCUCCAUCUCAGUACAGCAGCACUACAUUGAGCACACUAGAAAUUAGGUAUGGAAGGGGUGGCAUUUGAUUGCAACAACACUGCUCAUGUGGAACAUAUUGAGAAACUCUCUUGUUUCUUGGAGGUCCUCAGUUUUGCUGUUUUCACUCAUUUACUUUUUACAUACAUGUUGAAACUUGUUCAUGAGUAAAUUACCUUCUAUAAAAAUCACUAGAUGUGCCCUGAGCUGUCCUUUAACAAAUAUUUAUCCUUUUGCUAUUUUGAAUUUGCAUUUUCAUUGAAAUACGAAAGUGACCAUAUCAUUGUGUUUUGUUGUUUAUUAGCAGUAUGCAAAUGAACAAGGAUGACUAAGAUUUAGGGACAAUGAUCAUCCUGUUUUCUGAGUCAUCCUCAUUCAUUUGGGUAAGAACAAUGGCUAUGACAUUAUUUAAAGGGACACUAAAGGCAAAUAUUAAGUCGACAUGCAUUGUUAAAAUGCCUUUCGAGAAACCUUGGAGCACUUGUUCUGUGCCAAGACAAUGCUUAGCUUAAAAGAAAAUAGCCUUACUAGGGGUUCAUGUACCCUUGGUGCAAUCUAAAUCAUUCACGGAGAUGUGACGUCUCAUAUUCCAUCACUGCCUUAUACUGCCCGACAGUCGGCACUACAGUUCCUUGCUUAAAAUGCAAAAGUGCAGCCAGAAAGCAAGACAAUGACAUCAAGUGGAUGCAACAUUUUGUCUUGCAGUUAGUGAGUUUCAUAAUCAAGCAAACUCACUAAAGCACUACAUCUUAACAAAUCUACUGAAAUGAGUGUGCGGUUGAUGCAAUUUUUCAACCACCUGCAUUGCCCACAUUGUUCUCAAGAGAUGCUGUCUUUAACAUUGCAGCCACGGUAUGGUUCCGACUCCCACUAUUGAAUUUUGUGCUCACGGUACCGUGAAUUUGGUGGCUGCUAGUCAAAGGACAUUGCCGCUGGGAUCUGAGUGCACACAGCCUAGGCUAAAGUCAAAAAGGAAUUUGCUUCAUUAGUUAAAUAGAAUUACAGAGCUAGCAUUCUAUUCAGUCUUAUGAUGCACCAUAGUGAUCUUUUUUGUUAUUUAUUCUGAGUGGUUGAGUAAUGGUGACAGAGUUAUACUGAGGAGGUGCUACAUCAGCUGGAGUCGCAAGUCAUGUCCUACAUUGACUUUAAUAUCUCACUUACUAAAGUGCUGUUGUUGAUAGUAUUAAAGUUUGACAUUCUCGAGCAUUAGUCCAGCAGUUUAGCCUAAAUUGCUUGCCUUUAGUGUCCCUUCAAGAGUGCAAAGAAAAAAAAGAUAGAUAGAUAGAAGAUAUGCAUGGCAUGAAAGAAAAAGGAUAGACACAGGGCAAGCACUACUGUUAAUUGUUUAUUGUACAGCGUCGUCAUGAAAUAUAUAUAUCCUAUGUGCAUCUGCAGAGUGAUUGAUGGAAACAGAGAAAGAGAAAGACUAUUCGCCGAUCUGGUAUGCACCUUGAGGAAUCUGAAUUCUUUCACAUACAGAGAAACAGCACAACCCUCCCCCUCUUUUUUAUGUGAAAUCUUUCCAGUAAGAAGCAGGCUUGCUCAUUGCAGCCUUUGUCAAGAUUCUUUGCAUCUCAAAACAGUGCCUCCCAACCAUAAAGAGUUCACGUGUUUAUAUUUUAAGUGUGCUCUCGGAAUAGUGCUCGUGUCUUUUGUUUCUCUGUUUUAUGUCAUGUUUGCACCAACUAUGCCCUCGAAAAAUCCUUUUAAGUGCAAUGGAUAGCUUUCAACUUGCUCGCUUUACAAUGAAUUUUUGCAACCUCAGAGGGGCUGACAUUGCUGUGCAGAGUUCUUGGUACACGGGAUUUAAUCCAUGCAUAAUUUUUUCUGGGAUUGUGGCAAGCAUUUCAGGAAUUACAUAGUAGAGUACUGAGGCUAAACAGUGCUUAUUCGGACAGAGACUGUAAUUAAACAUAAAGGAAGUUACAUUUGUUAUACUGACAUACCGACAUAUUUUGCUUUACCUAUUGUAAAGCAAAAUAGAGAAAAGAGAAACAAUUCAUAUAUUGAAACCAAGUGUUCCAUUCAGCAUUUUCACUCUGCCGUGUCAGUUCCCUAUCCCCCCAAAAAAGAAAAGAUGCUGUGCAGCAAUUUUUACAAGCCUUGACUGAUUUGGUUGGUGAGUGAGGAUAAUGCUGUUAAUCCUGUAACCUGUUGUGUGUUAGGAGAUGUAACUGUACAUUUGCAGCCUGCAACGUAUGGUGUGCGUGUGUGUAUAUAUUUUCACAAAAGAUUCACACAUUAAAGAACAAAAAAAUAUAUAUAUAUAUUUUAGUGACGACGUAGUUGGCGGAUCAGCCUUUGUCAGAGCGAAUACGGCUACAGAACAUGAAAGUGUGUACACGUGGGUUACUGUGAUCAGUAACAUCACCGUAGUAGGUCCACGGUAUUAUUGUACUCUUGGUGUAGUUUUUAGUUUUGCUUAUUAUUUUGAAGUAUAUGCAGUGUGAAAACUACAAUAACUGUGACAUGCAAUUGCCAUGGUACACAUUAUUGCAAACAGCAGUGAGUUUACGGCAAUAAGUACAAAAUUAGAUUACAUGGACUAAGGACCGAAUAUGAAAAGCAUGUAAAAAAAAAAGUUGAAAAGUUAUAGAAUCUUGUGGUGAAAUUUGCCUUUCCCUCUUGCUUUUUUUCCCUCUGGUGCUAACUUGUACUCUAGAACAUUUUGUGACAAGUACAGUUGGCUAAGCAUUUCUAGUGCCACAUGCACUGCAAGAUGUCUCUCACUUAUGUCUGUGCAAGCCAAACCAGCCUUGCACUAUUUUCAUCCAUAAAUAAGGCAAGAACACACUGUAAAGGGUUAUGUACAAAACAUGAGUAAGCAGUCUGAAAUUUUCAAACCUUAGUUAAUAUUCAUAAUAAACACAGCAUAGUGCAGCAUGACAGGCACUGAGAAGAAGACACAUACACAGCACUGCGCAUGUGUCUUCUUCUCAGUUCCUGUUGUGUUGCGCUACACUGUGUAAAUUAUGAAUCCUAACAAACUAGCCCAGCAAUGUGCCCUAGCAAAUUUAAUUAAUGUGUACUGGCCAUGAAAAACACUGUGGCAAUGCCGCUACAUCUUAGAGGUGCACUAGCUGCCUAGAACAGUCUCUGGUGAACAGCAUGUCUCUUGUAAGGCUGCUUUAUCAUUAUACAUCAGGCCUUUUGUUUCUGUAUCGCCUUGUGAUAUAAAUGUCGAGCAUUUGAAAAGCAUAUACACACUGCUACGUUUAUGAUGCAAAACGUGUACAUUCAGCUAAUGUUUUAGUGUUAAUGGUACAUUGCUUACUUGACGAUAGCAAUCCAGAUUCCUUUUUGUGUACAGUAUUAUAAUAAGCUAUUUCACAUUACCCGAGCUCAACAUUUGGCUCUGGUACAAUAAAGCGAUUUGUGUUAUAUUUGGUGAUAUUUGACAUGGUCGACCUCGCAAAACACAUUGGUUAGGCUGCUUGAAAUGUGUCUUGCCUCUCAGCUGUAUAACUGAAUAUCAAAAUUUUUUGCUACAAAGCAUCUUGUCGAUUUCCACAGUGAAAUGUUGCUUCUUACCUUACCUGUUUUGUAACAGCCCGAGGUAGCUACAUACUACCAAGGCAGUAAUAAUGUGUAUAUGUAAUAGACUGUACAUAAAAUCAUAUUUUAGUAUAAUAGCUUGUUGAGAUAACGGUGAAUGGGGCACGUCCUACUGUGAUCAUGUAUUUAUGGUGUGGAUUGAUGUCAAAAACUGACUUAUUACAAGUAGUCUUGUAACUAUAACAUUGGAUGUUGUAAGCACAUGCUGCUUGUUACUUUUAAGUGGGGUAAAUAUCAGCAGUGGAGAAUUGCAUCGGUUCAGCUAGGUCUACAUGAAGUUCUGUUGAAUGUAAGAGCCAGAUUUCAAGUUUGUUCAUUGUUGCUCAGGGAGGCUUGGCACAGUCCUUUAAUGUGGGUUGUCUGUUUUACUGACCGGUGAAAAAGAACAUGCAUUCUGGAGUGGAAAAUCUCAAACCAUAGAUUGAGGCACAAUUGUGCUGUUGAAACUGUAAAUGUAGCAUGCAUUUCCAUCAGUUUCAGAAUGUUCAUAUUUAAUGCAGUUUGCUGGAAGGCUAUGCGUGUGGUUGAAUGGCAGCCUUCCUGCCAGCCGAGUGGUUUAACGUUUAAGUAGCAAGUAUUGUAGUUUAUGCAUUUACAGUUCUCAUAUACACAUUGUGUGCUUUUUUUUUAACAUGCAAUUUUUGUGACCUGUCCAUCUGUGCCUAUACUGCACAUAUGUUGUUUAAUUCAUGUUAUUGUUAACCAUAUCACAUUUUCUUUUCUUUAUGUUGAACAUUAUUGGUAAACUGGCACCUUAUCCAUGUGAGAAACAGUGUUCACUAGGAGGCUAAUGAAAAUGCAUUGUGUAAAAACAUGAAGAGCUGGCCUAUUAUAGUGCAGCUUUCAGCUUCAAGAUUACUGAAUGCUGGAAUUUGAUCAGUAUGAAUGACAAUUUGUACAUCAUUGUUUUCCAUGCUGAUGAAAAUGUUUUAGACAUUGCUGCAAUAUAAAACUUCCAUGUGAGUCGAGCUCUGUUAUGUAUUGUGCAAUAGGGCCAGUUUAAGAUAUGCGAUGAUGCAGUAGUUUUAAUAAAAAAUAAUUCUUAUGUGGUU